AGCCGCGAUGCUGGUUGUUAUUUCAAUUAAAGCAUACUCUUCUCCUUGCCGUCUUGCUUGACCAUGGAAGUGUCACUCUGAGCUCUCAGGCCUCAGAGUAAGCGUUUCUGUUGGUAGUUCAAUGAACCAGGAACACGACCUGAGCUGGACAAAUAUAGGCCUCUUGAGCUGUGGAUUCCUGGGCGAGUCCAUACUGCGCCUACCGUAUUCGACAACAUACAGCAGCAUCAGUGACGACCUGCCUCGAUCACUGGAUCUAUCCUGUCUCGAUUUAAUCCAUGAAGACGUAAGACCUGGGUACUGAGACAUUAGUGUGCUGAAUCCCGCUCGGGAUCAACUGGAGGCUUCUGAGCUGAGCCUGUCUCUUGGUUUGCGCGAAAAUGGAUCGACAAGAUACCGACUCUGCCAUCUCGGUGGCCAUUAGCCAUGAUGGCCCACUGAAGGAAGGAAGGCCGCCUGGCGAAGGUGCGUUGCCAGCAACCGGUCUCGAUUUCCCACCUCCGAACGUGGACACCAAGGCAGCCUCGGAGAGCCAUUCUGCAACAACAUCCCAAGCACCCAGUGUCCCAACAGCCGACUUGUCUCGGGCGCAACAGGAGCAACAGGCGCAACAUGUUUCGACACCACAACCAACUCUAACGGCCGACCCGGAAACAAGUGUCCCCAAGUCCUUCGUACCGUCCCUAGCCGGGGGCUCGACGGUGAUUCCCGAAUUUAGCAUUCCAGAGGCUUCGGUGCUGUCAGCACCACCCCCGGGGCAGGCCACAAGCGAGGGCAUCAGUGGCACGGCGCCGGAGGACCCGGAGGCCUUGGAGGCCUUGGAGGACCUGGAGGCGGCGCAGCAGGUCGUGGAGGGCAGCAGCAUCGUGGUGGACCAGGACGAUGUGGCCACGGACGCCGGGUACGAGAGCGACACGCGCACGGCGGCGUCGACGUCGCUGGCCAGCAGCGUGCGCGACUACGCCUUCGAGAACGGCCGCCGCUACCACAAGUUCCGCGAGGGCCGCUACAACUUCCCCAACGACGACGUCGAGCAGGAGCGCGAGGACAUGAAGCACGCCAUGGUCAAGCUGCUGUGCCAGCAGCUGCACUUUGCCCCCAUCGGCGACAACCCGCAGCAGAUACUGGAUAUUGGGACGGGAACGGGGAUCUGGGCGAUCGAGAUGGCCGACCAGUUUGAGAGCGCAAAUGUGCUGGGCGUAGAUCUCAGUGCUAUACAGCCGGAAUGGGUACCACCAAAUGUUAAAUUCAUGGUUGACGAUGUUGAGAGCCCCUGGCUUCAUCCGAGGAACUAUUUCGACUACAUUCACUCGCGGCACACCGUGAUGGCUAUAAAAGACUGGCCGCGACUGUUCCGGCGAGCCCUAGAGCAUCUCCGACCUGGAGGCUGGAUGGAGAUGCAAGAGGUCCACCACUCCCCCAUGUCGGCCAACAACACCCUGACGCCGGACCACCCGGUGGCGCAGUACUGGUCGCUCAUCAGCGAGGGGCUCGGCAACCUGGGGGUGGACUUCCAGAUCGCGGCGGGCGGGCGGCUCGCCGACAUGAUGCGCGAGUGCGGCUUCGUCAACGUGACGGAGCGGGUGCUGCACAUCCCGCUGGGCACGUGGCCCAAGAACAAGGUGCUCAAGACGGCCGGGCUAUAUUGGCGCACCAUCCUGCUGGACGGCAUCCAGGCCAUCGCCCUGGGGCCCCUGACGCGCGGCUGCGGCUGGACGAGGGAGCAGGUCGAGGUGUUCCUCGUGCAGGUGCGCAGGUCGUACCACGACAAUAGCUGCCUGCUGUACAUGCCGUUGCAUAUCGUCUGUGGCCAGAAGGCGGAACAUGGAUAAUGAUACGGCUUGGGCAUUUAUCGCAUGGAUGGCAAUACGAUACCAGAGAAAUAAAGUCAACCGAUCCAACGGGGCAUGGCGUUUGAAAAGGGGGG